CUCGGGUGAGCACCUAGAGCCUUGCUGGGACCUCCUGACUCCGCCCCCGGAGCGGCGGGUUAUUUGCAUGGCUCCGCCUCAGAGCUGCCAUUGGCUGCGGCGGCGGGAGGCCGGGCCUGAGUGGCUGCGCCGCCGGGGAGGCGGGGGCGGGGCAGGCGCCGAGUGUUGGAGAUGCUGCCACUGCUGCUGCUUCUGCUGCUGCUGCUGCGGGACGGGUUCGGGUCCGAGUCUGGCUUGGCGGGCACGGGGCGUGGGACGGCCCAGGGCGCGGUGGCAGCAGCAGGAGCACACUGAGAACCAUGUCCAGGAAGAAGACCCCAAAGAGCAAGGCGGGGAGUGUGCCUGCUGCCUCGACGCUGCCCACCGCCGCCAAUCGGCCCCGUCUGGCAGGUCCCAGGACUGCGCGUCCUGGCCCGGAGGCGCUACCCAACGGGCCCCCACAGUCCGGCCGGCCCUCACUUGGUGGCACUGGAGACUUCUACGACGUUGCUUUCAAGGUCAUGCUGGUGGGGGAUUCCGGUGUGGGGAAGACCUGCCUGCUGGUGCGCUUCAAGGAUGGAGCUUUCUUGGCUGGUACCUUCAUCUCCACUGUGGGCAUCGACUUCCGGAACAAAGUCCUGGACGUGGAUGGCAUGAAGGUGAAGCUGCAGAUCUGGGACACAGCUGGUCAGGAGCGGUUCCGAAGCGUCACCCAUGCCUACUACCGCGACGCUCAUGCACUGUUGCUGCUCUAUGACAUCACCAACAGAGACUCCUUCGACAACAUCCAGGCCUGGCUGACAGAGAUCCAGGAAUAUGCCCAGCAGGACGUGGUGCUCAUGCUGCUGGGAAACAAGGUUGAUUCUGCCCAAGAACGCGUGGUAAAGAGGGAAGAUGGGGAGAAAUUGGCCAAGGAGUAUGGGCUGCCUUUCAUGGAAACCAGCGCCAAGACCGGCCUCAACGUCGACUUGGCUUUCACGGCCAUAGCAAAGGAGCUGAAACAGCGAUCCACGCAGCCUCCCAGCGAGCCGCACUUCAGGCUGCAUGACUACGUCAAGAGGGAGGGCCGAGGGGUCUCCUGCUGUCGACUCUGAACCUGGCUGAGGAAGCAACCCUUGCCUUGUUAAGUUGUAUGGAGUCUUGACCUGACCCAAUGGAUGCCCCUAGUGUACCCAUUUUCAGGACUCUUGAGGCUGAUGCUCACCCCCCUUUUGCCCCAGUGGCCAUCACAGAAAUGGUCUUUUAGCACACAAACCAUGCCACGGCACUCUGCUGCCCUCUUCUGGGCAUUUGUGGCGGAGAGGACAGCAUCAUGUAUUGUGCUGAGCUUCCAAGAAAAGCCAUGCUUACUGCAUACUGUCCAGGCAGGCCGGCUCCACCCAUCAUUCUUUAUGUUAGCCCCAAGGCUACAGCAGCCUGCUUCCUGCCCACUAUGGAGCUCUAAGAGAGGAAACUAGCACGUAGGCAGGAAACCACAGGGCACUAGAACCCAGUCACCGUUCAGCAGGCUGGCCCUUCCCACGUUGUGUCACCAAGCCACAAACUCGAGUGAAAAUCCACCCCCGAAGUCUUUAUUAAUAAAGAUGUUUUCUGGA